AUGGGGCGAGAGUCUGCAUGUGUGGUAAAACUCUCCUCUAUCACUCGCAAAAUCCUAGGCCAGAGAGUUAGAUUGGUUGCGAGAGUUGUCAAGACGGAGCCGACUUCGUCUAUCAUCUGGUUGGAAGACGAAGGUCAUUAUCGGCCAGCGGACGUGUCAGUGAUACUUUCGUCAGACAAAGCACACCUGGGAUUUUUCCAGCAGCUGAAAUGUCAUGUGAUGAUAACUGGGUACGUUGAGCAAAUUGAGGAGGGUGAAGAAGUGCCCUCCUAUCCGAACUCGGUGCCCGAUCUAGUGAUUCGAGCGUUCCUCAUUCAAUCCGUCCCUAAUAUAGAUAUCCGAGCGUGGCGUGAAUCGGUGCAGGCAAGAGAGGAACUCCUUGAAUAUGCCCAACAGCUGGGCUAUUCUAAUGGAUGA